AUCAGUGGGCUCGUUUACCAACCACCUCCGAACAGCAGGCAUGGGAUGCCGAUGGGGCAUGCCCAGGACUUUAACGGUGAUAAAAAAUGGGGUCAAACACAAACUCACCUCCCUGAAUGAUGGACCGGCAUUUCUGCGGGCCCUCGGCCUACCACCGCUGCCAGCGGCCUCAACGGAGACCCCCAAACAACAUGUAUGGGACCCCUCGAGAACUGUCCUGCUCAGCUCCUACCUGAACCAUGCUUUGACGGAGCGGACUCUCCA